AGGCAGGCGAAUUGGCUCAAGCGCUCAAGCCAGCGUGCGUUGGGUUUCGGCGUUGGGCAGCAAGCAUGUUUUGCUACUGCUGCGAUGCCAAACAAUCCGACAUGGAGCUCAAGCCCGUCGACGUGAUGCCAGUGCUCGAACGAGAGGAGCUCGUGGAGAAGCGAGAGCCACAAGAGCCAGUGCAAGAUGCCACCCCGGAGGCCAAGGCAGCGAGUCCGCCAGCGAAGGCUCCGGAGCCGAAAGCGGUGGACAGCGGGGUCUUCACGGCCAGCAUCGCGAUGCCGGAGAAGCCGCGCACGCUGGGCCUGGAGUGGGAUGACAUCGACGCGAAAGGGCCAAUGAUCGUCGGAUUCUCCGAGGGGAUUGUGCUGAAGUUCAACCAGGAUCAGCCGGCCAAGGCGCUGCGGGUCUACGACCGGAUCACCAGCGUGAAGGGGGCCUUUGGACACGUGAAGAAGCUUUGCUCCAGCCUGCAAGCGGCUAUGGAAAAGGACGACGAGCUGGUGGUCACCGUGACGCGGCCGAAGCAGCUGUCCAUCUCGGUGGCCAAGGGCGACGAGCCGCUCGGAGCCCAGCUGAACUUCAAGGACUCCUCCGCGGGGCUUACUGUCGUCCAAGUUGCAGAUGGAGGAGCGCUUGCAAAGUGGAACACCGCCAAUCCCGAGAACGCCAUCCUGCCGGGAGAUCGCGUCAUCAAGAUCAACGGCAAGCUGCUCAAAGGUGGUCAGAUGGUGGAGGCGUUCAAGAAGGAGACAACACUGGAACUCACCCUGCUUCGUUACUGAGCCGCCCCGGGGGUCGGAGAACGACUGCGGUUGAUUCGAGAGCUAC